UUAAAAAAAUCAACGUCCUUGUCUCAUUUUCCACGUUUCCAUUUUUUUUUUUAAAAACAAACCACACACCUUUUCCUUUGUGGAUAUCAUUUUUACAUAUAUAAAUCUGUCGUAUCCAAUUCCCUCACACUCUCAUCAUCUCCCCUUCCCAAAUUCAACACCCCCUUCACGAUGAACCACAGGAAUCCAACCAAUUUGAAGGCUGUCGGGUUAGGAAUCCUUGUUCAUCGAUCCCCAGAACCAAAUCUAGUGGUUAAACAAUCCAGAAAGCUUGUUUUUUCACUCACUUCAUCUUCUAAUAACCCAUCUUUUCUCAAAUCAUGUCUUCUUUGCAACAAGAAUCUUGACCCCCAUGAAGAUAUUUACAUGUACAGGGGAGAUCAAGGUUACUGUAGUGUGAAGUGUCGGAACCAGCAGAUUGAAAUGGAUGAAAAGAAGGAAUUAGAAGCUUCUACAAGGAAAAUGGUGGAAGCUUACAGGCAAUGUCAGAGAAAUGAAGGAAGUGAAACUCGCCGCCUCUUGGAGGAUCUCCGGCGGCCACAUCACCGGCUUCCAUAUCUCCGGCGACCUGUUGUUUCGUAGUCUCCUCUGUUUUGAAUCUAAUGGAAAUGGCAAAAUUGUAAUUAAAAUGGAUGGAAGUAAUAGAAGCCCUAAAGAGUGUUUUUUUGUUUAAGUUCUUGUCCAUGGGUUUCUUUGUGUGUGUGUGUGUGGUAAUGAUGUAAGGCUGAAAUGAAACAUGUUAGAGAUAAUGUACUAACGUUAUCUUCA